ACUGCUUAUAAACCAUGAGGGUUGUGUGAACACACUACAACAUGAGUGUAAACCCUUCUUUCAUGACCACGGACAGGAUGGUAGAAACCAAACAAGUCCUUCCAGAUUUCCGUGCUUCUAUGCAGCCCCUAUGACAGAGGCUGACAACACCAUGGGGGCAGACAGCAAGGAGGCCAAGAGCCGGCUGGAGGACAUCAAGUACUACACCUCGUUGUUCCUGGGAACCCUGUGUAUCGUGUGUGUGUUUGGUUUCCUCUUCUUGGUUCCGUUUGUUCUAGAUCCAGCGAUCUCAACGCUGAUGCAUGAUUUUGUUCAGAGUCCAGUACAUUGUAAGGUGACAAGUUAUGAGCUGAGAUACGGGCGAACCAACUGUAGCUGGGCGAGCUGCCGUGAAGGUUGUACAGCUUCUAUUUACAAAUGUCAUCAAAUCAGGGUAAAGUACACACCACAUGUACCGUACGAGAAUGGAACUUUUGUCUCUGAUAUUGGGAUAGAGCACUGGGCUGAUCUUACAAGAAUAGAGAGACCUAGAAACCCGGAUACUGGGGAACUGACUGGAUCAGAAGUGAUCGUAGAAGAUACACCCCUUCUCAUCAAUAUUAAGGGGUGUGGAUACCCUCCAGAAGUAGAUUGCGAUAUGUAUGCUGAAAGAUAUGACAACUAUUCGAUGACAGAGGAGACCUUCCCUUGCUACUAUUCAAAAAUGAAUCCCUGGAUAGUCCUCUCAGAGUACAGCAGGGAUGAGACUGUAAGCAGUAUUAUGUUCUCCAUCCUUAUACCUAACCUUCUCUUCGUUCUCUCUCUUGUAGUUCUUGUUUACUGGUAUUGUCCGUACUGUCAGGCCAGGUGUAGAAAAUACGAGGAGCAAACUGAUUUCAGAGAUCCAGACGAUGAGUCUGAGAUAGAUGAUUUUAAUGGAGGGAAUAACUAAAGUAAACUCAGAAGUUGAGAACAGUAAAAUCAAAAAAAAAU